AUGCUAGCUCAUCUCCAAGGAUGCUCUCCCACGAAGCAGAUGGCUGGACUGCUCCUGAUGCUGAUGAUGCUGCAGGGACCCUCUCUCAUUCUUGUCAACGCCGUCAACCCAGGUUGUAGGUGCGUGGUGUUCGACAGCAUGUACGGCAAGGAGCACGGCAUCUUCACGUCGCCCAACUGGCCCACGCCAUACGAGGCCAACAUGGACUGCCUUUUGUACACCUUCAUCGGGGGACCUGACGACAUCGUCGAGCUCACUUUCGACGAGUUCGACGUUCAGAAAAUGAGCUUUGAGUGCCUAUACGGAGACUUUGUGAGACUGUUCCUCCACCUGAACGAGACCGGCGUGGACGCUUCUAGUGGGUGGAACUCUCUCCUGUGCGGAAAGGAGGCGGACAUUGAACAGGUUCACUACUCUUCGGGACGGACGCUGGUCUUCGAAUUUCACACGGACUGGCGGCAUGGAGACAAUACGGGAUUCCGAGGAACCUACCGAUUCGUCGGCCGGAAAAACUUCGAGGUGGACGGUGUGCUGCUACCGGGCACGUCUUGCGACUACGACUUCGAGAGCGGAAACCGCACCGAAACCCACGGACACUUCUACUCGCCUCUGUACCCGUCCACGUACCCGAAGAACGUGCGCUGCGCGUACAGCUUCAUCGCGCGCUUCAACGAGCGGGUGCGGCUCACAUUCGAGAAGAUUCGACUCCAGCAGGGUGACUUCAGCUGUCUCAACAGCCCCGACAUGAUCGUAGUGCACGACGGCAAAGACAAGCUCGCUCGGGUCAUCGGUCAGUUUUGUAACACGAACUACUACGUCGAGCUGCUUUCAACGGGACCGGACAUGUACGUGGAGUUCAUCAGCAGGAGUCACUUUCCUGGUCAAGGAUUCAAGGCUUCCUACCAUUUCGAAGAGGAGCUACAUUACGCCCUGGGAGCACCUUCGACAGAACUUCUCCAGGCGUGGCUUUCUAGAUGUGCUUCAACGUCAUCACCAUGGUCUUCGAUUUCCGAGUCAGAAGUGAGCCUUCAAAGCACAGAUGAGGUGUCAAGCACGACACCUAACCCAGGAUCGAGCUGCGACCAGCUGUUCAGCAGCUCAGCUGGGCGGAACGGGAGCUUCGUGAGCCCCGGCUAUCCGGACGGCUAUCCCCCGGACACUCGCUGCACGUACCACUUCAGCGGCGAGGGCAUCGAGAGAGCGCAGAUCAUCUUCUUGGACUUUGACCUGUUCCGUCCCGAGGAAUCGUACCACACGUGUGACGGAGCCGACGUCGUGAUGGUGUUCAUCUCGAUCAACGGUCAGCGGGACCGCGUGGACAACUUCUGCGGCCAGGACUUGCCGAACCAAGUGAUGUCGACAGGCCGAAACCUCACGCUUGAGUUUCGAUCGCACCACUACGCGGGCAACGUCACCGUACGGGGAUUCCGAGCUCUUUACCAGUUCGUCACAAAUUUCGGCAUUACAACGGGAAGGCAGGACACGACGAUGGCCUGCGGCUUCGCCUUCAACAGCAGCGACUCGUCCAACGGAACGUUCACGUCACCCAACUGGCCGGGCGUCUACCCGAGAGACACCGAGUGCCAUUACUUCUUCCAUGGCCUGCCCGGGGAGAAGGUGUUCGUCGAGUUUGCCUACUUCGACAUCGAGGGCCUGCCGCCUUGCACGGCGGAAACGGCGAGCGACUACAUCGAGUUUUCCAAUUUCCACACCGCGGAUCGCAAAAUCCCGCGCCACUGCGGCAUGCAGAAACCUUCGAAUGUCGAGUCCGAGGGAGAUUUCUUCAGGGUGACCUUCAAGACCAACGACCGUUUCGACGGCACUGGCUUCUCAGCGCAGUACCAAUUCAGGAGCAUCGUGGACCCCUUUACCAUCAAGCGGUACCGAGGCAGCUCGGCCCAUCUACGGGGUAAGUACAAGGAUAAAGAAUAA